CACCAGCUGCGCUGUCGGCGUCGCAGUCGCAGUCGCUGCCGCUUCGUUUCGCAACUUGGCUUCGGCUGGCUUCAGGCUGGAUGGUGUCGUUAGUUAAGUUCGGAAACUCGUCGGUCGCGCAAGCAGAGCAAGCAGCACACCAAGCAACAGCAACAGCAAGAGUCGUCGUACGGGACGGACGCCAAGAAGAAAUUACGAAAAGAAAAAAAUACAUGUGCGGAGGGGGCGCCCAAUAAAUGAUAUAACUGAACAAACAUACGGCAUCAUCUGUGUCUAUGCUGAGUGUGUGUGUGUUAACCAGGCCAAAAAGCCGCAAAACAGAAAUCGAAAAAUAAAAUCAUAAAUUCACAAGAAAUACAACAGAAAAAAUCAUUAAAUUAUUCCCGAAAAGAGUGAUAAAAAAUCAACAAUAAAGAGCGACAAAAGUCAAUUGUUAAUUUAUGAAUAAUAAUAAAAUUAAAAUAGAGAAAAAUCAUUAAAAAGAGCAGCAAUAAUAAUGAGAAAGUGACUCAACGGAGGAUAAUAUUGAAGCUUAGAAACGAAGCGCAUGUAGCGCACAAUAGCUGAGCCCAACAACAAAGGGAAUACAAAUUUUAACACCAUUGGAUUUUGAACAUGAACAAAAAUGCCGGAGAUGGCAGCGGCAACGACGGCAAAAACUCAAACAAUCAUGGCAAGGGCGGCGGUGGCUCCAACGCGGGUGGGGGCGCUGGGAGCUGUCAACCACACGAUCCUACCGGACUCCUAGAUGCCGCCUCGCUAUUCGCUUAUUGGGGCCGUGAUCCCACUGGAGCUGCGGCUGCAGCCGCCUCCAAUCCGCUGUUCAACUCACAAUUCAAUGCAGCCGCCGCAGCUGGCUUGGGCCUUCUGCCACAAACAGGUGGCGGCUCUGCCAACGACCGCUACUCAAUGGCCGCUGCAGCGGCGGCAGCAGCGGGCGCACAUCAUCAUCAGAACACCAUGGCAGUGGCUGCCUCCCAGGCCGCCAGUCUGGCAGGUCUGCAUCCAGCAAGCUGGUGGUCGAUGGCCCAACUGGCAGCGCAGGACUACUUCAGCCGCCUACAGGCGUCCGGCCUCUCACCAUUCCCACAUCCAGACCUGGCGGCAGCCUUCGGUCCCGCGGCCAUGGGCAUGGGCGCCACAGGAGCAGGUGGCAAUGGCGGAGGUGGCAGUGGCAGCGUAAUGGGUUCGGGUGCUGGCAGCGGCUCAGCUGUCGGUGGUGGCAAUGGCGGAGGCGGCGGAUCUUCCAGCUCAUCGGGCAGCAAGUCCAACAAGUCGCGCAAGGAGAAGCGAGCGGCGCAGCAGCAACAGCAACAGCAGCAGCAGAGUCUGGCCAACAGCCUGAAUGCGGCGGCAGCAGCGGCUGCAGCAGCUGCGGCGAACAAUCCGGCAGCAGCUCUGGCCAGCAUGCACGGAUUCGGAGUGCCGGGAUCGGUGGCGGUGAGCACGGGCAGUGGCUCGAUCUCCACCAGUAGCGGCCACGGAGGAUACAAGAGCACAGCCAGUGCGUAUGGGAAGCCCUCGACGAUGACGAGCAACAGCAUGGCCAGCAAUCCGAGCUCAGCGUACGAUCCUGUGACCCUGCACAAGGAGCUGAUGGCCAUGCAGGCUGUGGCAGCUGCCGCCUCAGGAUCGGGUGGGGGCUCGGGCAGCGGUUCGUCGGGCAAGAAGUCUGGCGGCGGUGGCGGCAGUUCCUCCUCAAUGCACAGCCAUGGACUGUCUGGUCUGGGCAUGGGCGCCGGUGGCAACGGUGGCCUCAUGUCCGGCAGCAAGGCAUCGUCCACGAAUGUCAGCUCCAGCAAUGCGUCGUUGGGUGGCAUGCACUCCAGCUUGGGCAGCGCCAAUCCGCUAAUGUCUCCACAUGGCAUGGGCGGCGGCUCCUCGUCGUCUUCGGGGUCCGGCAAGGAUCGCGACAAGAACAAUCCCUCGCUGAAUGCCCUCAAUUCGUUGUCGCAGUUUGGGGCCCUGGGCAUGACGCCACAGCAGAGCAUGCAGGCGGCGAUGAAUGCGUUUGCGGCAAGCACGGGAGUGGUGCCCAGUGCCACAGUCACAUCGUCCUCGUCGUCCCAGCAUCACAACUCCUCUCAGCAGCAGCAGCAACAGCAGCAGCAACUGCAGGCGGCAAUCAGUUCAACCGGUGGAUCAUCGGGAGGCAAGGGUGGGAAUGGUGCAAAGGAUUACAUGAGUGCAGCAGCGGGAAUGAUGAGCGGCAGUGGCAGCAGCGAACAUCCCUCGUUGCUGGGCGUUCGACUGCCACCGGACACGGAGAUCAUCAAGUAUACGUCCUCGAUUGUGGGCCCCAAAAUACCUGGUCUCAGUCCCGCGAAACGGGCUAGACUCGAAAUGGAGUACGCGGCAAUGGCGGCAGCCGCCCAGCAGCACCAACAGCAGCAGCAGCAUCACCACCAACAGCAGCAACAGCAGCAACAUCACCAACAGCAGCAGGCGGCAGCAGCUGCAGUGGCAGCAGCCGGAGGACUGCAUGGAAUGCUCGGAGCCGCUGGCAUGCCAAUGGCCGGUCUGUCUGGCCUCACGGGCAUGUCCAAUCCGCUGGAUCAGCUGAGUGUCACAAAGUCCAGCGCCUCGACGGUGACCAGCAAUUCUUCCGCAUCCUCGAUGGCUGGCCAUGGUCACGGUCACGGCCAGGGCUCAUCCAGCGAUCGGGUGGAGGUUAUUAAGCUGCCACCAACCAUCACAUCGAACGGCGCCUACAAUCUAUCCAGCAAGGGCAAGGAGGUGCACGAUCUGACCAGCGAUCAUGCCCCCACUGGCUCGGGAGGCGUCAAUCUCAGUUUGAAGUCGAGUUCGUUGCCCACCGCUGCCACUGCCACUGGGGCCGUGGGCUCUGCCUCGAAUCCCAUCACCAUCGAUGACUUUGAUGCGCCGCUGAAUCUGUCCAUGAAGCCCUCGGACAAGAGCAGCGGCGGCGCCACAGCGGCGUCCACUUCCUCCAGCUCGGCGCUGGCCAACAUGGCCAGUGAGUAUCAGGCGGCUGCCCAGGGCGGCAACAGCGCCAACAGCCUGCAGAGUCUCAGUUCGAUAACGGCCGCGCUCGGCGGCAGCAGUGGCGGGGGCAUGCCGGGUGGCUCCAUUUCGGGCAGUGGCGAUACAUCGCCGGCCCCUCAACUUGGAGGCAGUGGCUCGACUGGGGGAAAUUCCUCGGGUGGCGGAGGCGGUGGCUCCUCCUCGUACAAGGAGGGUCGUCCGCGCAAUCUAGGACGCGGCGUGUCCAAGCCCAAGAAGAAUACGGUGGCCUCCCUGCUGGCCCAGUCGCGGGCUGUGGGCCUCAAACCGAUGCUGGCCACCCAACAGUUGCUCCAGCAAGGAGCCGACAUUGAGAAGAUCCGCCUGGCAUUAAGCGAGGCGAAUGCGCAUAUGGAGACAUCAACGGACUCCGAGAGCAUGGCCGCCGAGAGCGGUCUGUCGGAGUCGGAGAGCGAGGAUGCCAAUAUCCACAAUGUGUCGGAGCUGCGGCUGCCCCUGGAUAUCGGCUGGAAGCGGGACACCGUCAUCCGAGGCCUAACCAAGCUGGGACAGAUCCGUGGGGAGGUCACCUACUAUGCACCGGGCAGUGUGGCGCCCCUAAAGACCAUUGGACAGGUUUUUGCUAUCCUGGAGCAGCAGCCAUCGAAUCUGACGCGUGAGAACUUUAGCUUCUCCGCACGGGCCAUUGUGGGAUCGUUUCUGCAGCCCGCACCGCCGCCAUACGCCAACGAUGGCGAGUAUAUACGCAUGACGGACGAGGAUGUGGCCAAGCGGCUGGAGGAUCUCAAGGUGUUCACACGCCAGACCCUCAAUGUGGAGCAGCGCAUCGAGAUUGCCAAGCAGCAGCAGGCGAUGCGCGAUGCCAAGAAGCUGCAGAAGGAGGAGCUGGCGCGCAACAAGGAGAAGGCGCGUCAGGAGAAGAACGCCAAGCUCGAGCAGCAGCGCAAGGAGAAGGAGAUGAAGAACCAGCAGGCCAUCGAGGAGCGCAAGAAGCGGCAAGAGGAGCUCGAUCGCCUCAAGCAGGAGGAGCUGCUCAAGAAGCAACAGGAGAAGGAGAAGCGUCGUCAGGAAGCGAUUUUAGCCAAGGAACAGGAACUGCAAAAGCAAAAGGAACUGCUGCUGGCUGCUGAAAUGGAGCGCGAACGUCGUCGGCAGCACAUGAACCUCAUACGAAUGCUGGAGGUGCGUCGCAAGUUCGAGGAGCGGGAGAAGAAGAAACACCAACUGGUGCUGGAUCGCCUGAUACUGCGCGAGCGUCGCAUGGCCGAACGGAAGCGUGACGCAGAGAUCCUGCAGCUGAUACGUCGGCCCAACGAGGACUCGGAAAUGCUGCAGGAGAUGGCGGUGCCAGAGCUGGAGCGCAUUGCCGGCAAUCGAUUGCCCGGCCAGGCGAUGGCCGAUCUGCUGAUGGUCUUUGAGUUUUUGCACAACUUUGGCGAGACUUUGGGCUUCGAUAUGGAGUCGCUGCCAUCGCUGCAGAACCUCCACGAUGCCCUCAUCAGCGACAGCAAUGCGGAUGCCGAAGAGGAGCUGCUGUCGGUGAUGACGCACCUGCUGGUGUGUGCCAUUGAGGAUCCCGGAGUGCCCAAUCCCGGCCGUCACACAACGUUGCUGGGCCAGUCGUUGCGCAAUGCGGACAUAACCAACUCGAAUGUUUCGGAGAUUCUGCGCAUCUACCUGUACGCCACGGCUACCGGCGAGGUGCGACAGAUGCAUGGCAUCACCGUGGACAGAGAACGGGAGCGACGGGUGCCCGACCACCAUCAGGUGGACGCCGACACCACCACCCAUUCGGCCAAGAAUCAGGAGUACUACAAGCUGCUGCACGAGAACGACACCUGGAAGCUAUCGUACGCCCUCAAGGAUCGUCCCUUCGUGGCCUUGAAUCCGACGCGUAAGGCCCAGAUGCUGGCUCACCUGUGCAACGAUCUGCUGAUGAACAAGGCGGUCCUGCGGCAGAUCGACGGCAGCCUCGAGACCUGCGCCCAGAUGCGCAAGGAGAAGUACAUGACGGACAUGAAGGUGCGCAAGUACAAGGCCCUCCACAUGCGCAAGGCCCGCAUUGAGGCGUAUGAGAAGGCGCAAGCGGAGCGGGAGGCGGCCAUGCAUGCCCUUAUGGCACAGCAGAAGCUGGAUGCCGAGCGGCUGGCCCAGGCACAGGCGAAGCAGGCCGAAGCAGAGGCGGCAGCCGAAGCCAUGCAGGCAGCGGCAGCAGCAGAGGGAGGCGACACUCCCAAGAUAGCAGACAGCGAAGGGGGAUUAGCAGAAGGACUUCCUGUCGAGACAAACAACGGGGAGACCAGCAAGAAGGAGGAGGAUGGCAAGGAUCAGGCACAGCCCAUGGACGUGGAUGGCGUGGAUUGUUCGGCCAGCAUUCGGGAGGAGGCCACCGCCGCUGCACUCCACAUGGGCAUCGACUCCUCCACGCUGGUGAGUCCCGCCAAGAGUUGCAUCUCAUCUGUGGAUUGCCUUACACCCGGCAAACAGAUGCCCGGACAGGACUUUGUCACACCCACACCAACGCCCACGCCCACCUACCAGCACAAUGGUUCGAGCACGCCCACCACGAGUGGCGUCAAUGCGGCAGUGGGAGGAGUGUCAGCUGUGACUGGCGGCAGCGACAUGAGCGCCCUGAUGCAGGCCAAAAAGAGCGGAGCCCGCAACUCCAUCAACGAGGAUGGCCACAACGAUGUGAGCAUCAUCGAGGACGAUCUCUCCGACCUGGACUCGGAGAUCACCAAUGUGGAGGAGGACGAGGACAACCGCCUGAGUGCCGAUGAGCUGCAAAAGAAGUUAGACAAAAUCGUGCGCGCUUCCCUGAACUGCAAAGAGGCGCUCGAGAAGAGCACCAAUCAGCUGCGUGCCGCCUGCUUUGGGCAGGAUCGAUUCUGGCGACGCUACUGGAAGCUGCCCAAGGCCGGUGGCAUCUUUAUCGAGGCUUUGGAAUCGGCCCAGAACGACAUCUGUGACUAUCACGAGGCACUGGAGAACAUGGACGAAAAGCAGCUGCAGCAGCAGCAGCCGAAGCAGAGUGAAGAUAGAUCCAGAGACCAGGAGGCAGAGCCAGAGACUGAGAAGGUGGCAGCAGUGCAGGAGACGGUGACGGAGACGGAGCCCGGGGCAGUGCAGCCCAUGGAGGUGGAUGAAUCCCACUCAGAGAUGGAACCAGCCACAGCCACAGCCUCACAGGAUGAUGAGCAUGAGGAGCAUCCAGAACGGAAGAUACAGCAAGAUCGUCAGGAUCAGGAGGAUGGAGAGGAGGACGAUGACGAUGAAGUGACCGAAGUGAACAAAAUCGAACCCGAGAUUGUGGAUCUGGGAGAUGAUGAUGAUGACGAUGACAAUGCGGUGGCAGUGCCUCCUCUUCCGCUAGCCAAGACCGAGCCACCCAGACCCGAAAUCAAGGUCAAGUCGGAAAUGGAGCUAAUGGGCCCGCCCACCACGAUGAUCUCCACCAAAACAGACUUUGAGGCGGAGAUCAAGAUACCCUCGAUGCCUGGCCACAUGAUUCCCACCCUGAACAACAACAACAACAGCAUUGGCAACGACAGCAGCAACUGUGAUAAGUUGGAGGGAAUGGGCAUGGGAAUGGGAAUGGCACAGACAUAUGGCCAGAAUCUCAUCACAUCUUCGGCCAUCAAAAUGGAGGAUCUGAAGAAGGAGACAACCGACGAUUGCAUCAUUGUGUCCACCUCCAGCGGUGACGAUACACCCAAAUGGUUCUCGAUUGUGCAGCGCGAGGUGCCGCUGAUCAGCGAACUGCCUGCGGAGGAGGGCGGUGUGGUUGCCCAGGAUCUGCAAUGGGGCUAUGCGAAUCAGAACUGUUACGCGCAGCUGCAGCUGCAGGGCCAUCCGUGGGAUCUGAUCAACAAUGUGCAGUACUACUCCAUACCGAUGGAGGAGUGCAAGGUGGAUCCGGGGAAGCUGGCACAGGAGUGCAUCUUUUCGCUGAGCGGCCUGGACGAGCGGCAGAUGCAGGCAAAGCUGGAGGAGUACGAGGCCAAAAUCAAGAUCAAGUGCUCAGUGCCAAAAAACGGUCUGGAGUCUCCUCAUCGCCCCCUCGUGACGACCGAUGAUGAGGAGCUGGAGAUCAAGUUGAAGCCGGAUGCAGACAGGGAUGGACACAUGGAUGUGGAUGCGGAUGCCGACGCAGAUGCUGACGCAGACGCCGAUCCAGAUGCCGAUGCAGAAACGGAUGCUGAUGCGGAGGCAGAUGGCGAGGCAGAUGCGGAUGCGGAGAAGGAGCAAGCCGGCAAGGACAAGUUUUUUCGUUUGCGCACUGAUGUCCCCCCGGACACGGGCGGGGGCGGAGGGGCAGUAGAGGACGCGACAGAUGCCCCAGAGCUAAAGCCGAAGAUUGAGCUGCGUCUGGAUGAGGCACUGUCACAGGCCUACUACCACAACAUCGCCAAUAUGUCGCUGAGCAGUGUCCAAACGUACAUACCUAUCGACAUACCCCUGCCCCUGUCCAUGACGCCCGACGAGCACCGACUCCUUGAGCAGGUGAAGCUCUCCGGCUUCCCCGACAAGGUGCACGGCGUCUAUGUGCCCCGUCGUCAGCGCUACGGCUGGUGGCAGCUCGAUGACGAGCAGAAACUGCGCCAGUUCUUGAAGACACUGAAUCCGUCGGGGCUGAGGGAGCGCGAGCUGCAGGAGAAUCUGACUCGCUUUCUCACCUUGGAGCAGCCACUGGGCGCCAACUACCAGCUACAGCCGCUGGAAGCCCACAUGGUGGAGUACUUGCUGCCGGACGGUCCGCACGACUGGAACCCCAAGGUGGCCAAGCGCGUGGAACUGGCCCUGCUCGAACAGCUGGAAUCGCUGGAGGACAAGGUGGCCAGCGCCUCCAUGCAGCUGAAGAACUGGCAAGUGCCCAAUCGAGUUGAAGGCGAGCUGAGCCAGCCAGAGCCGGAGGAGGUCACUGAGGAGGACUUUAUCAGCAUCAUUCCCAUGAUCCGGGAGCGCAUCAUCGAUCUGGAGGCCAACAUUGAGCGGCGCUACCUGAAGCCGCCGCUCGGCUCCCAGACCGGCGACGCACACCUGGCCGUGAUUGCCCAGAACCAGCACACAUCCACCCAGACCCAGAACUCGGCAUCCGCAGCGGCAUAUCUGCUUCAAAUGCAGCAGCAGCAACAGCAGUUGGUACAGCAGCAGCAACAACAGCAACAGCAGCAACAACAGCACCAGCAGCAGCAGCAGCCGGGAGGAAACAGCCUCAAUCCCUCGUCCUUCAACGAGCGCACCAUGGCCCUGGCAGCGGCCGCAGCAGCUGCUGCGCCCAGCUCCAGCAACGCCUCUGGCUGUCCGGGCGAAUCUGGCAGCGUGGAGCCCGUGUCGGGCAACGUCUCGCCCGCCAGCAACUGCGACAGCGAAAGGGACGAGAAGGUAGAGAAUAUACCCAAGGGCCUGGUACAGUGGCGGGAUGCUGUGGCCCGGUCCCACACCACGGCUCAGCUGGCCAUGGCCCUCUACGUGCUGGAGUCCUGUGUGGCGUGGGACAAGAGCAUCAUGAAAGCGUAUGCAACAAGAAACAAGUCGAGCAAGAAGAGCAGCGCCAAGAAGCAGGCCACACCCAACAAAAACAAAAAGCAGCAGCCGCAGCAGCAGCAGCAGAAAAAGAACAACAAGAAGAAGAAACAAUCCACGCCACAGAAAACAAAUAAAAAGGAACCGCUACCACCACCCCAACCGACUCCGACACCCCCAAAGCAGCAACAUAAACAGCAGCCACUGAGCAUUAAAAUCAAUCUAAGAGCCCUGGCCAAGGCAGCGCAAAACGGACAAGACACCAACACACAAGACACCCCAGCAUCCCUGUCGCCCUCCUACAGCGACGACGACACCCACACGGACACUGACUCGGAUUUGGGGGCAAAGACAAAGACAACGACCACGACCACGACAAAGACAACAACAACAUCACGCAAACGUCGACGCUCGGGCACAACCACAAACUCUAGCAAAUAUUCGAAUUCCUUACAGAAUUGCCAGUUCUGCACCUCGGGCGAGAACGAGGACAAGCUGCUCCUGUGCGAUGGCUGCGACAAGGGCUACCACACGUAUUGCUUCAAGCCCAAAAUGGACAACAUACCCGAUGGCGACUGGUACUGUUACGAAUGCGUGAACAAAGCCACCAAUGAGCGCAAAUGCAUCGUGUGCGGCGGUCAUCGUCCCUCGCCGGUGGGCAAGAUGAUCUACUGCGAUCUGUGUCCGCGUGCCUACCACGCCGACUGCUACAUCCCACCGCUGCUGAAGGUGCCGCGCGGCAAGUGGUACUGCCACGGCUGCAUUGCACGCGCACCGCCGCCCAAGAAGCGCAGUGGCGGCACCAGCAGCAGCAGCAGCAAAUCGCGUCGCGAUCGCGAUGCCAGCACAGCGGCCAAGCGGCGCAACGAAAAGCCACUGCCAGGGCCAGGCGGAGCCGCCAGCAUGGAGCAUUUGCCCCAAAUGGGCGGAGGGGACUCGCAGCAGAUGCAGCAGCUGCAACAGUCGCUGAAUUCGUCCCACGACGAGUCCAUGACAUCGUUGCCGCCACCUUUGAGUCCGGCGCAUUCGGUUGCCUCGGCCACGUUCGAGGACCAGCAGCACACCAACUCCAUCGACAGCAGCCGCUUCCAGGCACAUCUAGGCAACAGCAGCAGCAACAACAACGGUGCCGUGCCACUGCCCGAGGAUGUGGCUAUUGUUGCGACCGGCUUUCCGGUCUACCCGCCUCCCACCGCCUUUGCCGCUGGUCUGUUGAAUCCCACAGGAGCCACAGUUCUGCCCGUACUUCCACUUCCCCAUGCACCGAUGCAGUUCAGCAACGUGGCCAUGUCGCCGCGUGCUGUGACGCCCACAAGAACACCAACGCCGACACCGGCACCGACUCCACCGCCACCCGGGCCGCUGCUUCCUCCUGUGCCCACACCGACAACACCGCUGCUCAUGCAGGCCUCGCCGACGGCCCUAAACGCCAUCUGCCAGUCGCCGCCGCAGCAACACCAGCAGCAGCAGCAGCCGAUGACCAUGCCUUCGCCACGUGCCUGCACACCCACACCACCCACAGUGGGAGUGGGAGUGGGUGCGGGAGUAACGCAAAUGUCACCGCCGCCCAUCAAUAUACACGCCAUACAGGAGGCCAAGGAGAAGCUAAAGCAGGAGAAGAAGGAGAAGCAUGCGACCAAGAAGCUCAUGAAGGAGUUGGCCGUCUGCAAGACUCUCCUGGCCGAAAUGGAGCUUCACGAGGACUCGUGGCCAUUUCUGUUGCCCGUGAACACCAAACAGUUUCCCACAUAUCGCAAGAUUAUCAAAUCGCCCAUGGACCUCUCUACCAUUAAGAAGAAACUUCAUGAUUUGAGCUACAAGGGACGCGAGGACUUUUGCGUGGAUGUGCGACAGAUCUUCGACAAUUGUGAAAUGUUCAACGAGGAUGAUUCACCCGUGGGCAAGGCGGGGCAUGGCAUGCGCAAGUUCUUCGAGUCACGCUGGACAGAGAUGACCGAGAAGCACUCCUGAUCGUAUCCACAGCUUCAGCUUGCCAGUGGCAGCUCCACACCGGAUCCCAUAGAAAUAGUGAUACCAGCGGCGGAAACAACCGCUGAAGCAGCACAAUUUUGGACAAGAGAUUAAAUUACGAGUAGGGGAGAGAAAUACAAUUGUAUAUAGAUAGAAGGAUAGCUAGCGAUUGGGGUUAGUCGUAGUCUACAAGCAGAAACACACACAUACAUACACACACACAAAACGCAUUAAUAUAUAUAUUUAUAUAUAGUACGAGUAGAUAUAUAUAUAUAUAUAUAUUGACGAGGCCUUUGCAAGAGGUCCUCUCAUGUAUCAUGUCCCCCCCCUUUGUGGCCACGCACCCAGCAGCGUGCCAGCAACAAAAUUGUAUCUAGUUGAUUAAGCAACCAAGGAAGCAGUGAAACAGUAUGAACCAUAACUAUUAGCCAACAUAAUCGAGCAGCUCCUAACUAUAGUUAAACGUUUAAGAAGCCAUCUACAGUACAGCACAGACGACUCCGACGAGACAAGAAACGUACAAAACUGUGUCGUUCCCCAAUCAAUCCCCCGCCCUCCCGCAAAUCAAUCAAUCGAUCCAUCAUUCGAACAGUAUUUUGUGCACAAAGCUCGGCGUCUCGCUUUGUUUUACACAAUUUUAAAACGUUAUAACAAAACUAUCAUUUAAAUUGUAAUUUUAACUCUUAAUUUUAAAUUGUAAUUUUAAUUUUAUAUUGUAAUUGUAAUGGUUUGUGUUUAAAGCAUCAUCAACGAAGCGCUCAUUUAAGUUUUAACGUGUAUUACUGUACUUAUAGCCACUCCGACAAUUGUAUUUAAACAUAUACAUACAUACAUAAGUAUAUAUUUAGCAUUAACAUUUAACUGGCGCAAGAGCGGACUCAAAUAUACUCAAAGGAAUGGCAAAAGUACGUCACAGAGAUCGAUCGAUCGAAUUCUAAUUGUGAAACGAUGGCAAACCUACAAUUAAAUUAAUUAAAUGUAUUAAAUUAUUUACUCUGUGUAAAUUUUCCACAAUGUAGUUGGCAUUUUUAAUCGCAAAACGAAAAUUGAAAUUCAAAUACAAAAUACAAACUAAAGUUAAAUAUUAACCAAGCCGAUGAGUGAAUGAAUGGAGGGAGUGAGAGACGAGACGAGACCCUUUGUUGGACAUAUCCAAAAUCGAAAAGCGAGAAUUGAGCAGAUUAGCAGACUAGCAGAUUAGCAGGGUAGAAUCAGAUGCGAGUUUUAGCUGUAGAUAGCCAUAUAACCCAAAAACGAUAUACAACAUAUACAACAAAUGAUCCGCACGAGCCUAGUAUAUAGUCCCAGCCCGUUGUUGGGGGAGCAUUAUGAGAAUUAUGAAUGUUAAAUAUACAUUUACUAUAGAGUAGUAUGUACACAGUAUUCUGAGAACAGACAAAGAAGUUAGACAAAGUUCAAUCAUAUUUACACAAAUUACCAAAACAUUUUUGAAUAAAUCAAACUCAUUUGCAGUGCAGCACAAUAAUUGAAUGAAAUUAAACAAAAUGAAUGGAAUGGAGUGGAAAAAUGGAAAUACCUUAAAGUACGAGUGUACGAGUAGUGGGGAGGAACAGAUAGUUUUGCCGCUUUAACAAUAAAAUAGAAACCGAAUCCAUAGCAGACAGACCACACAGAAAACCUCAACAAUAACUACCUACAUUUAACAGAUACAAGUUACAGAUACAACUACUGCAUAAUUGAUUAGCCAGUAGCCAGUAGCCAGUGGAGUUAGGCAGUGUGCAUAUAGCCAUUAAAGUUUUGUGUAAAGUUCAAUUUGAUAUGUACCAGAGAAGGGGGAAUCUGAGAUGGGUGGCAAGUGGGCAAAGAGUGGGGCAGCAUUUGCAAUGAGUUGCUUGUGUAAAUAGAAAGCGAAAGUCCCUAACCAAUGCAUGUACAUAAGUCUAUACAUAUACAGAAAAUAGAAAAAAGCAAAUAAUUAAGAUAAAAACCCAAUCCAGAAGCAGAAGCAGCAGCAGAGCAAGGAAGCACUGGUUCCAGCAUGUUAUUGGCAUUCAUACAGUUGUGUCACUUCCCUAAGCGAUAUGUAUAUUGGAGGGGUCGGUCCGCCCCCCACCCCCCCCUUCAAGCAAUAUCUAUUUGUAUUCCGAUUUGUAUUUAUUUAUGUG